AUGGCCCGACGACGUGCAAGUCCUGCGACCGUGGGCUCGACGCCGGACGCCGUUGAGCACAUUGCAGGCUUUGUCCAGCACCACUAUACGAUCGUGCAGCUCUUGUCUGCGCUUCCAUCCUCGGCCAAGACGCCGGCGGUGACGGCCCUCGACGCCCUCCUCGUGACGGCGUCCGUGCGCGUGGCCUGGCCCGAGGUCCACAUACGCUUUGCGCCUAGUGCUGCGACGCUGCGUCAUCUUCUUGACGUCCAAGUCAUCGGUGUACGCGUGUGUUUGCAAGUCGAUGUCGAUGCAAACGGUCUCGCUCUCCUUCGCCGGCUGUCGCCCGUCGUGAACCACGUCUCGGCAUCGUUUCCGCGGACCAAGGCGGCGAGUGCAUUGCAGUCCAUUCUCGCCGCAUGCCCGCGCCUCUACAGCGCCGAUCUGCACGUUCAAACGUCCAUUGAGUCCUACGCGUUGUUUGAUCGUCUGCCGCUCUCGGGACUUGCCGAGCUCACGCUGCGUGGCGCGAUGCCAGCGUCCAUGGUCAUCGACGUCAUCGCCAUGCUCGCCAACGGGCGCAGCAAGCGCUUGCACCUCUUUGAAGUCACGUUUUCCCAGCUCUCGGCGGACGCAGCGGUCGCCUUGUGUGACGCCAUGGCCGCGAGCACAAGCUUGACCGAGCUUGCGCUGGACAAGGUGUCGGGCGUCGACGAGCGCUUUCUGGAGCAACGGAAGCUGCCGCCCAAGCUGCGUCGUCUCCAGCUCUCAGCCUUCUUCCUCGAUGUACCCUGGCGCGAAGGCGACUGGCGACGCGAAGCGAUCGAGCACUACGCAGCCAUCCUGCCGUUCGCGAGACACCUCGUCGAGUUUUCGAGUUGGCUCGUGACGCACAUCUCGCGUGACGCACCCAUGGGCUCGUUCUUCCGUCAGCUCAAGGUGCUAGAGCUUCUGCGGGACCCGCGUAUCACGCCCUCGUGGCCUCACAUGCUGUCGCUCUUGCCCGAGCUACCAUCGCUCCAGGAGCUUCGCAUGACCAACUGGUACAUCCGUGACGACACGAUGGGCAAGAAUCUCGCGAACGCGCUGCAGCACUGCUCCCACCUGCGGUAUUUGAGUAUUUAUGUGGACUACAACUUUUCGACGACGUGGCUCACGCAGAUCGUGUCACGCAAACUGACCGGAUUGACGCUGCGCGUCGCUCGGUGUACCGGCCCGCGCCUCGUCCAGCUUGUCAAGAUAAUACUCGCAAGUUCGUCUUCGCCCUUGCGCUGGGUCGCGAUUGAAAAGCAGUUCUGGGCCAUGAGCGAGCGCGCAACGACCACCAAGCACCUCAAUGCUGCCAACGCGACGCUUCAGUACGUCGAGUGGAGCCGCACCGAAGACCAGAAGCGAGCCAACGUCAGCUACUGGGACGACAAAGCCAUGGGUGACAACCGUCUCGUCGUGUUUUGCCGCUCCAAGCCAUGAGACUCUAACGUUGCAAGUCACAAAAGGCAAUCAUUUUUCCGC